AUGGCCUCUGCAACAGAGAGGCACCCGCUCAUUAUGCUGUUUUCCGCGGCGUUCUGGGUUGUCAUGUGGUUGCUCUCAUGGGCCAAAUCUCUGAUCGCAUUCGUCACCAUUACUAUCCCCAGACUCAUCUACUCGAUUCUGUCGUACUCCAUGACAUUGACCUUGAACUUCUGGUCUUUCGCGGUAUUGUUCCUGGCAGCCGCUGUCGCCCUCAAUUAUUGGAUCCGUUUCCGGUACUUGAACCAGUACACUCAGCUCAAAGAACCGCCGCUGGUCAAAUCCGAUGCGCAGGAAUUGCACCCCGACAUGAACACCCCGGACCAGCCUCCUACAUUUCAUAACUACCUCGACGAGUUUUUGCAAGCUGUGCGGAUCUUUGGGUUCUUGGAGAAACCGGUCUUCCAUGAACUCGCCCGACAUCUGCAGACGAGGCGGCUUAUUGCCGGCGACACAUUGUCUCUCGAUCAAGACAAGAGCUUCUAUUGCGUCAUCGACGGCAACGUGCAGCUGUAUGCUCAAACCAGACAGCCAGCCCCCCGCGAGCGCGGUGGAGCAUGGGAGGAGGAAGACAUGAACGGCUACCAGCUUCUCAACCAGGUUGGAGCAGGUGGAACAUUGUCAAGUCUCUUCACAAUCCUCAGUUUGUUUACGGAGAAUGUUAAGAUCAGCUGGCAAGACGGGGACCGGUCGGACGAACCUCUCGAAGUCCACAUCGCCUCGCCUCCCACUCGUGAACCGCUCCGCCAGAGGUCCAACUCUGACGUCUCGCAGCUGGACCUAGCGUCCAUCUCCGCCGGUCGGUCACGCACCCCUUCUGUUUCUUCUUCAGCGUCGGCUUCGACCAUCACCUCCCCCCGCGAACGCUCUCGUGAACGUUCUUCUAGUCAUGAACGUUUCUUCUCGAGGUCGGCCUCUGGAACCAUACCCCGUACCUCUCGAGGACCGCACAGUUCGUCCACGAACACUGAAACUCCUAAUCACUACGGCGUAGUAGCCCGAGCCGCAGAAGACAGCACCCUCGCCGUCAUUCCCGCGGAGGCGUUCCAACGCCUCACCAAGAAGUUUCCUAAAGCCGCAGCCCAUAUCGUGCAAGUGAUCCUCACGCGUUUCUCUCGUGUCACAUUCAACGCGGCGCACAACUACCUGGGACUCACGACCGAAGUACUGCGGACCGAGAAAGCCAUCAAUGACUUGGCAUGCCAUCCCCUCCCACAGUCCUUCUAUACCAAUGGCCUCAAGCAGCUAAGACAACGAUUCGAUGGUGUGUCUAUUGCCACAGACUCGGACGAUGGCAGCGACUACUUCAGUCAUUCUACUUCCCGAACUUCCAGUAAAUCUUCCCUCCUCACCAGUUUUUCCGAUGAUAAGCCUCCACGAUCCUCUACGAGCUCUGCGGUGAAGUACUUGCCGACAACUCCCUUCAAGAUCCCGGGACCACGCCAUCAAGUCCAAGCCGGCGACCUUCUCACCUCGACUAGCCUGUAUAGUGAUCUCCCGAAGCUGACGACGCGAUCCAUGAGCAGCAGCGGCACCACUGCUGGCUUACCAACGCCUCGUGUAGGGCUCAUGGACAUCGCCAGCACUGUGGACUUCCAACGCCUCGCGACUACGGACGAAUUCGACUUGCGCGAAGAGGUCAUGUCGUGCAUCGCCAAGUCAAUCGGGCUGAUCCAGCCUCCGUUGAGCAACGAGUCGGUCGAGGCGUCACCUGCCUUCCCUCCCAGCGAGGGCGGGAUGUCGCGCGGAGGGCUUAGCGGGCGCGGCAGCGACGGGUUCAAGUCAUCAUUCGGGUCGUUGUCGUUGUUGGACAUCGGCGACGACGCGUCGAGCAGCAGGACGGACAGCUCCUCGUCGAUCCUCACCGAUGGGUACAUGAGCAACCUGGACAACGAGGUCGAGAUCUUGUUCUUCCCGGCAGGCUCGAUUUUGGCGAAGGCGGGCGAGAGGAAUACAGGCCUGUUCUAUGUCAUUGAUGGGUUCCUCGAUAUGAUUCUACCGGUCGAGGGCACAUCCAAGAACGAGGAGAAGCCGAUGAAGCAGCCCAAAAGCCAGCAGCCGUCAACCGACGGCCAUGGACGCGACCCCUCCGAGACCCCCGGGAGGGAUCGCAGGUUACCUGUGUAUGUCCCGUGCCUUUGUCCACCCAAUAACGCUGACACUGUUAUAGCAUCUCUCUGCCAGACCGCUUCAUACGUCAAUAUUGUGGCGAAGACGGACACUUACGUCGGCUUUCUCCCUUCACACGCGCUCGAGAGGCUCCUCGAACGGCGUCCGAUCGUUCUGCUCACAUUGGCGAAGCGUCUUAUCUCGCUCCUUUCGCCUCUCGUCCUCCACAUCGAUGGCUCUCUCGACUGGGUCCAGGUUGACGCUGGUCAGGUUCUCUGGCGUCCCGACGACGACAGCGAUUCGUUCUACAUCGUCAUCAAUGGACGUCUGCGCGCUAUCACGGAGAAGGAAAAUGGCGCGGUCAACAUCAUGGCAGAGUACGGACAAGGGGACACGGUUGGCGAACUCGACGUCAUCACCAGCUCAAAGAGGACAAACACGGUGCAUGCGAUUCGUGACACAGAGCUCAUCCGUAUGCCUCAGACUCUGUUCAAUGCAAUCUCUGCUCGCAAUCCUCGCACAACUGCGCAGCUCCUCAAGAUGAUCGCGUCUCGCGUUCGGACCGAACUCGACUCCUCGAGCAAGAAUUCCGUACUGGACGCUGCGCGUGGAAACACGAACCUCCGGAACGUCGCCAUUCUCCCCGUCUCGCGCGCGAUCCCCGUGGAUGCGUUCGCGCGGAAACUGCAUGCUGCGCUGGAGGGCGUCGGUGCGCCUACCGCGUUCCUCAACCAAGCCUCGGUCUCGGACCACCUCGGUCGGCACGCAUUCACUCGCAUGGGCAACCUCAAGGCCGCGGGGUGGCUCGCGGAACAGGAGCAGAAGUUCAGGAUCGUGCUCUACAUCGCGGACUCGUCGGUCAGCUCCUCGUGGACGCAGACGUGCAUUCGCCAAGCGGACUGCGUGAUGGUUGUCGGCAUGGGCGACGACCCGAGCAUUGGCGAGUUCGAACGGCUCCUGCUAUCUCUCAAGACGACGGCGCGGAAGGAGCUCGUGCUUUUGCACCCGGACAGGUCCGUCGUUCCUGGUUCAACGCGAGAGUGGCUCAAGCUCCGGCCGUGGGUGCAUCAACAUAUUCACGUGGAACUUCCGUCGUACGCCCUCGCCCCAAGUCCGGACCCCGCCGCGGUCGUCGCCCUCAAGAAGAUGAAGGACAGGGUUCAAAGCGAGAUCCAGCGGUACCGCGGGGCUCGGUCCGACCCGAGGCCGCAACGGCCACCGCACAUGAGCGACUUCGCGCGCCUCGCCAGGCGUAUAUGCGGCAAAUCCAUCGGCGUCGGUGUUCUCCGUGCACUCGAGGAGUACGGCAUUCCCAUCGGCGCGCUGAUUGGCGGUUUGUAUGCUCGGGAAGGAGACCUGUUGUCGAGCUCAGGGCGGGCGAAACAGUUCAGCGCGCGUAUGGGCAACAUCUGGCGUAUGCUGUCCGACGUCACAUAUCCUAUUGUUGCGUACACUACGGGUCAUGAAUUUAAUCGCUCAAUAUACAAGGCAUUCUACGAUCUGCAUAUCGAGGACAUGUGGUUGCCUUCUUCUGCAACUCGACGAACCUCAACCCCUCACAAAUGGAGAUCCACGAGACGGCUGACGAUCCUUGAAGGCGCUUCCAUGACCUCGUCGGCUUACUGCCUCCAUUUGCGACAACGGGAAAUGCUUGUAGAUGGGGGUAUAGUGUCGACAAUGCUGUCAAUGGGGCCCAGCGCAGUCAUCGCGUCAGAUGUUGGCAGUGUCAAUCGACGACAACUCACCACGGAACUUCGGCGACUCGUUUCGGGCAUUUGGUUGUUCAUCAACCGGUUCAACCCCUUCUCGUCGGCGCGCAGCGUCCCCGCAAUCACCGAGCUGCAGCAACGGCUGGCCUACGUUUCGAGCGUCAAGACGCUUGAGGAAGCGAAGAUGCCCGUGCAAGAGUAUGGCACCCUCCAGUUCAGCAAGUUCGAGGAGAUCCAGAAGAAGGGAUAUCACGCGGCUAUGGAUUUUCUACAGAAGUUCGACGCGGAGGGUCUCUUGCCCUCGCCAUACAUCAGCGACAACGGCAAUUCCGCCACGAGCAGGACCCGUGGACGAAGUGCGCGCCGCAAUUCCAUAUAA